CCUAGCAACAGAUAGGGUUUGGGUUGUUUGCUGUCAGGAUUCUUCUAAACUGGGUUCAAUUUGCUCCAUAAAGACAACUUAAAUCUCCAGGGUGCCGACGGAAGUCGCGAUGGCUACGAGCAACCCGUCCGUGUUUCUUCUAACGGUUAACGGACAGAUUGAGGGAGCAAACUUUCCAGAGUACGACAACUUGUACUGCAAAUAUUGUUUUGUCUACGGACACGACUGGGCUCCCACCUCGGGGUUGGAGGAAGGCAUCACUCAAAUCACAUGUAAAGGCAGUCAGUCUUCACACACGUUAAUAUGGAACUUCCCACUGGAGACAACGUUUAAGAGCACGAACCCCUCUGGAUGGCCUCAGCUGGUGGUGAGUGUGUACGGUCCAGAUGUGUUUGGCAACGACGUGGUCAGAGGCUAUGGAGCAACACACAUCCCCUUCACACCUGGACAACACACACGGACCAUCCCCAUGUUUGUCCCUGAGCCCACAUGGAGACUUCAGAAAUUCACGAGCUGGCUGUUGGGGCGGCGGCCUGAGUACACAGACCCUAAAGUAGUGGCCCAGGGAGAAGGCAGAGAAGUGACGCGGGUUCGUUCCCAGGGCUUCGUCACCGUCUCCUUCCACAUCAUCACUAAAGACAUGAAGAAGCUGGGCUACGACACCGGACCAUCGAGUUCUGCCAACACACCGUCCGCCACAUCUGGCUGGUCGACAGAGGAACAACCGCACAUCGUGUAAUAACACGAGAGACUAAGAGACAAAUAAGUGGUGCAUUUUGGAUGUUUAGCCUCCACGACACACGUUACACGUUAACCGACUCUGACCAAUCAGAACACAGUGAGUCCUUUAACAAGUUUGUUUGUAGCCAAAAUAAAUGUAUUUGAAUUAGAUUUCAUGUAAUGUCUUUUCAGAUUUUUCAGUUUCUCUAUUUUGUACUUUUUAAAAUAAAUACACUACCUCUGACUUGUUCGUGUUUGAAUGCAUUGAGCCUUGUACAUUGUCUGGACAUGUGCUUCAAAGGAAUACACGCACGCAGACACUGGAGUGACGGAGCUGAAGUGAUACACAUUUUAUUUUUGCAGCUACAGUCCUCGUCCCGCUGCGUUCGGUUGUUUAGAUGCCGUUAAAAUACCACGGUGACUUUUCCUACAAAAACCCAUUACACAGAAUAAUAAGGUAUACAGAGGAACAGUAUGUUACAAUAGUACAAAUGAUAAAUUAUAUUAUACAGUUAUAAUGCCAACAGGUUGAGCACGUAUCCGAUAAAAAAAAAAAAAAAAAAAGCAGCCUGCU